AUGCCUUCAUAUCUGAAUUCGUCUCGAAUCCGAAAACCAGCUUCUGCUUCGCUUCGGCGGCAUUCCUCGUCCCCGUUUUCCGGCGCCACGAGAGUUAAGCCAUCGAUCCAACGCGCCAAGUCCCUCGCGGAGGCAUACGUGAAGGCCAAUGCUGCAGACAAUGAUGGAGAGGAUGAGGAUGACCGGCUCGAUGCCACCGGCGUUACGCUGUCAAUUAUGCCCGACCCUGCGGUGGUAGACGUUUUGUCUGCUAUGCGCCACGCAACAGAAUCAAUGUUCUGUUCGAUACCGGAGAGAGCAGGAAUGAACAGCACGCGUAUAGCAGAAGUGCUAAAUUUUCAAAAGAAUCUGCCGCCGCUGGUCUCGUUGGCACAUGUCCAUGCGUUGAUCUCUGCUUCAUCGAAGACAGAACGCGAGAUCAGCACCCUGAUCGCGAGUGGCGAAAUUCGUAGAAUCAAGGUUGCUGGUCGCGGCAACGACAUCAGUGGCGCCUCUGACUUUCUCAUGACCACAGCUUCUCUACAGAAACUGCUUCACGACUCUGGCAUUGCUGCAGAUGUCUCCGACAACUACUUACACCUUCUCAAGCAGCACCCCCGCGCCACUUCCCUCCCUUCAGGUCUCCUCUCGCCAACCCACAUCACAGCCCUCACUAAAGCGGGUUUCCUCGUUUCUACCAGCAGCAUAACCCGCAACUUGUCCCUCUCCGGCUCUUCCCUCACCGCCACCUCCGCCAUCUCUCGCGCCUUCUCCGGCUCUUCCGGUGCCGUCGGCGGUGAAGCUGCUUUCGAAAACCUCGGCGGAGUCGGGUCUGCCAAACGCUUCACCUCCUCCGCCUCCUCAUCCUCCACCGCCCAUCUCCUGGUUUCUGUGCCUAACAUCGGCGCGUACAUUCGUCUGCUCAACGCCGGCCGAGCCCAUCUAGUGGAGUUAUUGAACAAGUCCAGCUACAAGGAGGCACCGAUGUAUCUGCUGAGAGAGCGGUGGGACGGCGCGGUGGAUGGUGAGAGCAGUGCGAGCAAGGCAAGAAUGGUUAGAGGCGUGUUUAGUGAGGUGAUGCCUGCGAAGACCAAGAAAUGGCGGAACUUGUGGGGGUUACGUUUUGUGUGGGCUCUGGAGGAGUGUCUGGGGACUGGGAUGGUGGAAGGUUUCGAAACUGGAAGUGUGGGCCUUGGGGUUCGAGCGCUGAGGUGA